AUGGCGCCCACAUCAACAACAAAUUCAUAUAAACAUGUGGACCCACCAAUCCCAUCGACCUCGCGUGACUCGAAGCGAGACCAAAAAUGCUGUAUUAUUAAGAGAUGCCAUCCACAAAGACCUUCCUUACACUUCAGAAUAUCCCCACAUCCUCGCAUAACGUCUGUGCCUUCCAUUUUGCCUAGUCAUUCUCAGCAUCAAGAUAGCAAACACAAAAAAUUAUCAAUGGAUAUUCUCCUUGAUGCUAUUGAUCUUGACCUACAAAUGCGAGAAAACUUCAAAGCUGAAUGGCUGAAAACACAGCAAAGCAGAUACACUAACAGUGCAACAGCUGUCUUAAUAGCUAGAAGGAGAUCCAGAUCAGCUCCUAGCGCACCGCCUUCCCACUAUUUUCAGCAAAAUCGAGCCUUCAACUCAGUUUGGACAGCUCCUAGUUGUAAUAACCGUACGGUUACAUCUGCAACAGAUGCACAAGAAGUCGCUCAAUUUAUUGUAAAGCAGCAUUUAAAACAGUCCUCCAUUGUACAAAAAAGCAUGAACCAGUAA